GGUCAGAGUGCGCAUGCGCAUCAUUCCGAAGUGUAAGAGGGCAUUAUGGUCCAGGUCUAACCCGGUCCUGUCUAAUCGAGGUCUAGCCCGGUCCCCAUGUGGAGGCUGUUCCUCCGGAGGCUCCGGCAGCGGAGCGGGCUGCCGGGCCGCCUCUCUGCCCGCUCAGCGCGCUCCUCCAGCGGCUUCCCCGCUCCAGUGAUGCCCGCUGCCUGGGUCCGAAGCACCUUCCUGGAAUACUUCCGGGACCAACACGGACACCUUCUGGUCCCGUCGUCCCCAGUCCGGCCCAGAGGGGACCCCAGCCUGCUGUUCGUCAACGCCGGCAUGAACCAGUUUAAGCCGAUCUUCCUGGGGAGAGCGGACCCCCGCAGCGAGAUGGCGUCCUACCGCCGUGUGGUCAACAGUCAGAAAUGCGUCCGGGCGGGGGGAAAACACAACGACCUGGAGGACGUGGGCCGGGACCUCUACCACCAGACCUUCUUCGAGAUGCUCGGGACCUGGUCUUUCGGAGACUACUUCAAG